UCUCGUAAGUUUUUUUCUUCGUAAACGCCGUACAAACGUUUACCCGCUUCUGUUUAAUAGUUGUUUAUGCUUUAUUGAUCUGAUACAAAUCUGAUGCAAUUUUUCGCUCUUUGUACUGAGUACAGCCAUCUAUUCUGUGAUGUAGCACCUUAUACAGUCAAUGAGAAUGUAUAAUGAAUACACGGUCUAAAUAAUAUCGACGGUAAUGCAUAACAUCAAUUUAUAUAUUGUAUUACUAUUAUUGCGUAGAAUCUCAAAGAUUUUCUCAAUAUUCAUGUCUGAAAUGUUUAUAUACUUGAAAACAACAGUCUCGCUUGUGCCUGCACGUACUGUACCUCUGUAUAAUGAGUAUGCCGUGAAAAAAUAAUAUCGGCACUCAAUUGAAUGCCUAGAAGCAAGAUUUUCGACUCAAUAUUUACGUCUGAAAUGUUUAUACACUUAACUGCACUGUCUAGGCGGUCUAGCUCCUUCCUAGCUCUGUAUAAUGAAUAUACCGUCUAAAUAUUAUCAGCACUUAAUUGAACGCCUGUAAUGCAUAAGAUCAAUUUAUAUAUAUGGCGUAGAUUUUCAACGAUUUACUCAAUAUUCACGUCUGAAAUCUUUAUACAUUUGAAAACAACACUGUCACCCCUUCCUAGUAUAUCGUCACGCCAUCAUGAUCUACGGCUUGAUAGCGCAUGCGCAUUUGCGCUAAAGAAAAAAUCGGGUGUUCCGGAGUAAAGAUCCUUUACACAACAUGAGAAGCGAAUGUCCUAAAAUUUACAAAAAAUUACUAUAACGAAAGCGAUUCCUCGAAAUUUUUGUGAACUUGGCAAAAGGAUAACAGAAUAUGUAAAUAAGUUCACUGAAAUUGCCUAAAUAACCUUCAAAGUACUGACUAAGUACAAUAAAUCUCUACGAACAUAAAUCGUAUACACCCCACGGAAAGUUUACUCUAUGACUGACUGACUGACUGACUGACUGACUGACUGACUGACUGACUGACUGACUGACUGACUGUUUGACUGAUUCGUGUGAAUUCGCCAGCCAUCACAAUAGUGUGAAGUGAAACUUCACACUAAAAACCAUAGAUAUAGGAGACCUAGAUUGCUGACUCGGGUCAACCGGCGUGGCAUAUUUUGAAAAUCCAAGAUGGCGGCUCAACAGGGCAAAAAUCAUAGAACAACAUAGGGAAAAACCAUGUUUUUUGCAUUUUGCGUCGUCCUACAGCUUCCGAUCCCGUUCUAUCACUUUAUUUCGGCAAGAACUAACUGGUGUGAAGGUUUUGGAUGAAUAUUUGUUACAAUCAAUACAAUUUACAAAUUACAAUUCAAGCGGGCAAGAUUGGGCAGGCCUGCAGUUUCGCGCGCUUUUCGUCUUCGGUUUUUUCCUGUGUAUUCCUUCAGUCUUUUACGAGUUUUUUCUCAAGCGAACGUGAUAUAUAUCUAACUAUUCGACCUAUUCCAAAAGCUUGUGCUGUUUGUUUUGUUAUUUCAUUCUUAUUUCGACCAAAAACAGUAUUUUCAUCUGAAAAUUCUAAGGCAUUUUGCCAUUCUAUUCUAAAAAAGUGUUUUUUAUCGAAAAGAAUGCCCGAUACGUGUUCAGCGUAUAACUGCAAGGCCAGACGUGGGGAUUUAAAAGAUGGUAUUCGCUUGUCCUUCCAUAAGUAAGUCUAUAAAACACACAUAUCGUAUAUUUGUACACUAUAGCGUACCUCAUGUAAACAUAAUAGUUUAUUAAGACUAUUAAAAUAAGACUGCUUUUAAUAGCAUAAAAACAAUUUAUUUUGUAAAUACUGUAAUGACAACAAAUGUAGUUUUGAGUUUGUUAGCUACAAUAUAAAACUGUUUACAGUUUUAAUAAAAGAAUAUUAGACCAAAAAAUAACUUCUUGUUUUGAUGUCUGUGUUAGUAGUCUAUAUAUGUGCAUGUUGACAACAACUUUCAUUAAAGGUCUUGUCCUGUUCAAGGUCAAAAACGUUUGAGUUUUGUUCACAUCAGUGAACCAAAAAUACAUCUUUCCCUUCACACUAUUUAGAUUUCCUAUAACCAAUCCCAGCCUGCUAAAAAGUUGGAUAACAGCCAUGAAAUGGGCAGACUGGAUGCCAACAAAAUAUUCAGUCCUGUGUGAGAAACACUUUACAAUCGACGACUAUAUCAAUAAGGGGGAGCAAGUAAUAAAAAAACAAUCCAAGAAAUAUCUGAAACAAAAUGCCGUCCCAUCCAUUUUUGAUUAUCCUCCGCACCUCGUUAAGACAACUACAUCCAGACCCCUUCCUAAAAAGAGAGAAGCAUCGCCACCACCACCACCAGAAGACCAAAUACCUGCCAAAAAGAAAAGAAAAGAAAGAGUUCUUUAAAUAGUGAUCACGGUAGUUACAUUAAGUCACCUACAACAGUUAUGAAAAAGUUAAAGAAAACCCUGAAAAAAAAGAAUAAUAAAAUAAAAUCACUCAGUGCAAAAAAUCUACGCAAAGAAAAAACAAUUAAGGGUCUUGUAAAAACAUUAGAAGAAAUUAAGGCUCUGUCAGAAGAACAAAGCCAACAUCUCAUGUCAAAUUUUGGUCAUAUGACUAAAGAUAUAUUCACAAAUGAGCAGAAAAAUGAAGGUAACUCAACUGGGUCUAGAUACAGUGAACAAAUAAAACAAUUCGCUAUAUCUUUGCACUUUUACAGUGCAAAGGCGUACAAGUUUGUUCGCAAAUCCCUCCACUUACCACAUCCAUCUACCAUACGGUCAUGGGCUUCAUCAAUUGAAUGUGAACCUGGGUUUUUGAGUAACGUUAUCGAACAUCUUCAGAACACUCUGGAGGAUGAUAACAAAGAUUGCAUCAUAUUGGUUGACGAAAUGUCAAUAAAAAAAGAAGUUCUGUGGGAUGCUAAAAAGCAGAAAUUUGCUGGCAAUACCGACUAUGGGCCAAUCUUAGCAGAAGACCAGGAUACAAUUGCUCAUAAUGCACUGGUUGUUAUGGCAGUAGGCCUACAAAAACCAUGGAGUUAUCCUAUUGCUUACUUUUUAGUUAACCACAUGGACUCUAAAAUGCAAGCACAGAUCAUAAAAGAGUCUAUUAACCUACUCACCGAUGCAGGGCUUGAUGUGCAUGCUGUGACUUUUGAUGGCUGCUCAAAGAAUUUAGCCACAGCUAGACGUCUUGGAUGUAAGAUAGACAGCUUUGAUGGAUCCUUCCAACAUCCUACCCGACCAGGCAAAACUCUAUAUGUCAUUUUGGACAUAUGCCAUAUGUUAAAACUUGCUCGCAAUGCAUUAGGAGACAAGGAGAUCUUUUACACCUCGGGUGGAGAAACAAUCAGCUGGUAUUAUAUUAAGGAGCUAUUCAAUGUCCAACAAUCUGAUAUCUUGCACCUUGGAAACAAGUUGAAAAAUGUGCACAUUAAAUGGCACAAUCAAAAGAUGAAGGUGGCAAUUGCAGCCCAAACAUUAAACAGUUCUGUAGCAGCUGGCAUGAUUUAUCUCCGCAACCUAAACAUAAAACAGUUUGAAAAGUGUGAGCAAACUGCUGAAUUUAUUCAAAACAUUAAUGAUAUCUUUGACAUUCUUAACACAAAGAGUAAGUUUGGCAAGAGAUUUAAGAGUCCUUUAACGCUAGAGAAUUAUGCUGAGUUAAGAGCCCAUCUACUUGACAUCAUUUCGUACUUGAAAAAACUGAAGGAUGUUGAUGGAACAAAACUUGUUGAUGGACCACGAAAGACUUUCAUCCUUGGGUUUGCUGUAUCUGCAAACUCAAUUCUAGCAAUAGCAAAAAAUCUGCUGAGUAGAGAACACAAUAACUUUAAGUAUGUACUUACCUAUCGCUUUUCUCAAGACCAAAUCGAAAUGUUUUUCAGCAAAAUCAGAGGUCGUUUUGGCUGGAAUAACAAUCCAAAUGCACUUCAGUUCAAGUGGGCCCUCCGUGCACUACUUCAAAAGAACCAAAUUGCAGCUUCUGAAAAAGCGAACUGUGCUGUCAUUGAAGAAGAGAAAAUGGAUGAAGAGAUGCACCAUGUUGACCAUAACAUCAUCAUGUCUUUGACCUGUUCAACAAUAUGGAGAGAUGAUGUCCUGGCUUAUAUUGCUGGGUACAUUGUAAAAAAGAUUACAGUCUGUAUUAAGUGUCCAGAAUGUGCAAUUGCUUUGGUAGCAAUUGACAAAAGCCAGGCUGAGGUACUGGUACCUGAUGAUCACAGCUAUAGUUCAAAUUCCAAGCCAGAAUCACAAAGCUUAAUCACCAUCAAAAGCUAUGGAAAGUUGAUAACACCAUCGCCAUCAGUCGUCCAAGUGGUUAAGGCUACUGACCGGAAUCUGCGUCAACUAGUUGGUGAUUGGACUUCUGUGACGAAAACGGCAAUAUCCAACCUGAAGUCUAACGUGCUGCAAGACGUGAAAGCAAGUUGUUUCCAAAACUUACAGCAGCACUCACGUGAAAGCCAUCUCCUCGACGAACAAUUUCGUGACGACCAUAUCACCAGCAUCAUUAUUAGCAAUUUUAUAGUAUUCUAUAUAGUUGCUGUUUUAAUAUUAUCAACAUACAUAACAUAAAGUAAUUUUAUAUUCUUAACGAGAAGAGCAUAUAAUUAUUUUUUAGUAAUUUUAUAGUAUAGUAAUUUUAGUAGUCAAUGCAUGCACUAUGUUCUAACACUUAGUAUAUAUUUUUAACACUUGAUGUUAAGCGCUAUUGAGCUAUGGGAAAUGGCGCUAUAUAAAUGAAUUAUAAUAAUAAUAAUAAUAAUAAUCAUCAAGAAGAUAGUUGAUUUGUACAUCAACAUAUUCGUGCAUCGUUUCGGGAAGGUUUACUCUGAUCGAGUUGUCCGUGAAGGAAAUUCAUCCCGGAGGCCAAAGCUGAAUAAACUUAUUCUUUUUGGCAAUGAUUGACACAUCUAUAUGUGAAAAGUGAUGAAUCAAUCAGGCUUCUUGGAGAGAACUAGACACUGUGAAGGUUUUUGAAACGAGUUUCCAUGUCAUUACUUCUCUCUAAAAACCUGAUUGAUUCAUCACUUUUCACAAUCCACGCCAUAUAAACUUGAAGAUCCUUUGACAUCUGCAGCAGCAAGGUCAUCAAAGUAUAAACACUAAACGGAGCAUCAGACUGAUCACAGUACUUUUCGCACCAGCAGACGAGGUAAAUCAAGCAAAAUAGGUUUUAACUCCACAAUAUUAUUCCCUGUUUUAUAUUCCAACCGAGAUCCUCGAGAAAAAAAGCACCCAAAGAACCAAAACCUUUGUUUUCUGCAACAAAAUGUCUCGAACUGCUCAACCGACCAUGUGAUGAUUUUCAGAAAACAUUUAGCGAUCGAUUAUUUUGUCUUUAUUCAACUUAAAUUGUACAAAUAUUCAUCCAAAACCUUCACACCAGUUAGUUCUUCCCAAAAAAAGGUGGUUCAACGGGAUCGGAAACAGUAGACAGGCGUAAAAUGCGAAAAACAUGUUUUUUCCCUAUCUCGCUCUAUGAUUUUUGCCCGGUUGAGCCGCCAUUUUGAAUGCUCAUGAGUGCCACGCUCGUGCGUUAUAGAAAACAUUAGAGUCAGCAAUCUAGGUCUCCUAUAUCUAUGUUUUUUUGCCGAGCACUUCCUCCAGUAAUAUAGUAUAGCUCAGUGGGGUGGGUCACUGAAAAUAUAUUCACGCAUGCGCGUGAGAACAAUUACAUCAUACCACAGAUCAUACUUUAUCCAUGUCACCACAGGAGGCCCAGGCCAGUGAACUGUAAAUAACCAUAUUAACUGUAAAUAACCAUAACUGUAAUUCUAUCACAUGGCACCGAGUCAGGAGAUCCCAUGAGAUAGCACGGCGCAUGCGCGGGUUCAUUGCACGCCUCGUGUGGGUUCGAAGCGGACGAAGAAAAAUUUAGAGAAAAAUAUUUCAAGUUAAUUCAAGAAGAUUAAGCUACUUUCCUUGUGUCUACGUAGUAGAUACUUAAUCAAAAGCGUCCAACGUAGUUGGUAUCGCUGUGAUAACGGCCAAACCUUGUUUUGGCCCAAGAUUACUCAACCAGAAACCAACGUAGUUGUGUUCAUAGUGUGCAUAUAAAAUGGCCGAUGGCAAUGCACCGGUUGAGAGAAGGCAAAGAGAAGCCAGCUCUAGUCCUGGCCCUGUCGGUGACACAGUCUCGCCUCUCGCCGAGUUUAUGGAAGAAAUGAGAGAAUUCAAAGCCAGCAUGGCCUCCGAGAUGGCAUCCGUGCGUGGCGAAAUAAAUAAUUUCACCUCUACAUUUGACGACUCUACUUUUGACGACGAGCUUCGCCUGGACAUUGACGAAGGACAAGGUAGCGACUCGGAAACUGUGUCUACAUGUCUUGACACUAAAGUUGAACGUCUCCUUAAGGAAACCAGCAAGACGAAAAGUAGCGAGGAUUUGACGACAAGUUCAGAUAGCCUCCUUACAACUAUAGCACAAGAGCUCGAUGUUAGUGAACAGAUGGGCGCCGCUGUUCAAGAGCGUCUUGCCUCCAUAGUCGAGGGCCUUUUGAGCACCAAAUUAUCCGAUGAGAAAUGGCGAGAGAAAGUUGGGAAGUAUCCCCGACCCCAAAACUUAGAAAAUCUUAGAACUCCCAGAGUUAAUCCACUUAUAUGGAACCAACUCUCUGCUGGGGUUCGGACCAACGACGCCAAACAACAGCGAACACAGCAUGCUCUCGUUGGCGCCAUAGUUGCCAUGACGCAAGCGGCGGACCACGUGCUCAAAAGCGGAAAUCCUGAUGCAACGCUGAUAACAUCUUUGACAGAUGGCAUUGCAGUGGCUACCCAGUGUCAACAUGAUAUAAAUCAAGCACGUCGUAUUGCUAUGAAACAGGACAUGCACACAGAUUUUCAAGCACUGUGCAAUGUUCCAAUUCCUAGUGGGGAAUUUUUGUUUGGCGACUUGUCCAAACACACCAAAGAUAUUGCGGAUGCAAACAAGUUGGCGAAGAAAGUUCGCCCAUACCAGACUGCUACUGCACGAAGCAGACAGUCUAGUUCUGGCACUUAUAGCCGGUUUUCUACUGGGCAAUACAGACGUGGCCACCCAUAUCAACGACGUGAAAAUUUUUUCGACCGAGGUCGGUUUCACAAUGCAAAGAAAAAGAGAGGGGGAGCUGCAAAAAAGCAGUAAAUUCCUCAAUAACACAACCUGUACAUAGUAAGGUAAGAGAAACUGUCAGUUCAUAUUCAUUGCAUACUGUUGAUUCGUCUGACACGUCAAUAAUUGCUGGACGUUUAAAACAUUUUGUUGAUCGAUGGAAGCAACUGACCUCAGACCCAGUCAUAUUGAACUAUGUCAUGGGUGUUAACAUUGAAUUUAAUGAUCAACAUCCCAGCCAAUAUGCAGCCAAAGUUCGCCAUUUUAACAUGAGUCAAACUGCAAUUAUUGGAAAUGAGAUUAAUAAGCUUCUUAGCAAGGGGGUUAUUAUUCCCUCCAUACAUGAGCUAGGUGAAUUUAUUUCAUCAAUCUUUCUCAGACUUAAAAAAGACGGCUCAUAUCGUAUGAUACUUAACCUCAAGUCUUUCAAUGAAUUUGUGAAGCAUCGCCAUUUUAAAAUGGACACUUUAGAUGCAGCAGUAAAAAUGAUGAAGCCAAAUUGUUAUAUGGCCUCUAUUGAUCUCACUGAUGCCUAUUAUAUGGUGCCAGUGCAUGCGGCAGACCAAAAGUUCCUAAAAUUUGAAUUUUUGGGUCGCCUCUAUCAGUAUACCUGCCUUCCAAAUGGACUCUCGAGUGCUCCACAUAUAUUUACAAAAUUACUAAAACCAGUAUAUUCUACCCUACAUAGUAUGGGCCAUAUGAGUUCAGGGUACAUUGACGACUCCUACCUCCAAGGGGACACCCCUGCAGAAUGUUCUCGCAAUAUAUCAGCCACAAAAACACUUGUGACAGAGUUGGGAUUUAUACCUCACCCCAAGAA